AUGUUAGACAACAAAAAAUCACUAUUCCAAAAAACUUUACUGUUUUUCUCUUUUUUUUUGAUCUCAUUGUUAUGUAAAAGUUUUUUGUCUUCACUGGUUUGCUAUGUUCAAGCUCGAGAAAUUGAUGGUAGCGAUAAUAAUUCAAAUUCAAUUCAACCUUAUCAAAGAGAAUUUUCUUCCAAAUCUUUUUACGGACCAGAUGGAAAUCACUCUAUGAUUAAAUGUCCAUCCGAUGUUGUUUUUACUAAUCCAACCCUACCGGUUCCAAAAUGUACCGAUCCACUACCACCUGACAAUUUCCCAAUGCCAAGAUGUGUUUCAAAUAUUAUAACUAAUUAUCACUCGGAAAAUUUUAACGUUGAACAACAAUUGCGUUAUCGAUCUAAAAGACAUACUAAUAUUAUUCAGUCGAAAACGGAUACACCAUCUAUUCCGAUCUACAUACCAACCGACGACUCAAUCUACAACCCGCCAACAAGUCAAAAAUUUCAGGAAUUUAAUAGAACAAGCGAUGAAAUGAAUCACGUCACACCGUUUCUUGACUUGAAUCAAUUGUACGGGCUCAACACAGAGGAAUCAAGGAAGUUACGUGAUAUUGGUAACCGAGGAAAAUUAAAGAUGGAUGAGAAAAAUUAUCCAAUGAAUUAUCCGACUAGCGAUAUGAUCGGAGGAUUUCUUAAUCGAGCAAAUAAUAUUUUCACACUUGCAAUUCAGAUCAUUUGGAUGCGUGAACAUAAUAGAUUGUGUAAUCAAUUUUAUGACAAAUAUGGUGAUUCGUGGACUGAUGAUCAAUAUUUUGAAGAGGCUAUAAGCAAUCAAUUAAAGUUGUUAGUAACCGAAGAGUACCUUGGCAUCAUUCUUGGUAAACCAUUGCCACCAUAUCAACAAUAUAAUGAGAAUCUAGUACCAGGAAUUGAUCUUUUCUUCGCAACAAUAACAUUCAAAUAUGUUCACAGCGAACUUGGCAAUAAUUACCGUAUACAAGAUGAAUUUGGAGAAUUGCUUGCAGAUCUAACGUUAGAUAACAUUUUACAAAUUCAAUUGUUGGAAAAGUUUGGAAUGGAAAGAGUGUUGAGAUCAAUGUCCCUACAACAUCAAGAAGAAUUGGAUAUUUAUUAUUCCGAUGCUAUGAGAAAUGCUACAACCAUUGAACCGCGUAUUUAUGAUAUUGCAGCUUUUGAUGUUUUAAGAGCCAGAGACAGAGGAAUUGCUUUGUAUAAUGAUGCUCGUCAAGCAUAUGGGCUAACAACAAAGAAAACUUGGCAAGGGAUAACAUCAGUUAAAAUAUUACAAGAUUAUCUGCAACAAUUGUAUCCUAAUGGACCUAAUCAAUUAGAAACUUCCGUUGGUGCAAUAGUUGAAGAUCAUUUGGAUGGAUCAAAUUUUGGUGAAUUAAUGAGCAUUAGUAUGUUCACUCAGUUUACUAAAAUCAGAGAUUCUGAUAAAUUUUGGUGGGAGAAUGGCAACAUGUUUACUGAUGUUGAAAGAGUCACCCUUAAAAGCACAACAUUCAAAGAUAUUAUUUUACGUAAUCUGCCAGAAAAUAACAAACCAAUCAUGCCACAAAAUAUUUGGACGGUUCAACCCCAAUCAAAAACCACCAAUUCUUCAUCAGCUGUUGAUGUAAAUUAUCCAAAUGAUAUUCCUGCAUGGUCACCAUAUGUUAUUAAAUAUAGAAUUGAUGAUUCUUUUAUUCAUUUCAAAGUAACUUUACAAACUGGUGAUGGUGAGGGAUGGUUUGGAAUGGGGUUUGAGCCUGAUGACAUUGGAAUGAAGGGAGCAGAUUUUGUUAUUGGCUUUGUACGGGAAAAUAAAAUUGACAUAUUCAAUUAUCGAUCAUCAUCAGCUGAUCAUUACCCACCUGAUCGUGAUGAUAAUUCAGAUUUAACAAAUAUUAAUUCAAAUGUAAGUGAUAGUUUAGCAACUAUUGAAUUCUCAAGACCAUUAUUACCUGAUGGAAGACGCGGAAUUAAGGAUGGGCUUGUUAAAUGUAAGAAAAAAUAUCCUUUUAGUUCAUCUUUUACUUAUCAUGGAAAUAAUCGAAUAUUGAUAAUGAUUGAUUUUUAUAAUAAUAAAAUAGAAGCAGUAAAAAUAAAGGCAAGUCAACAGACAACAAAAUAUAUACAUGGAAUUGGAAUGUCAUUUACCUGGAGUGUGUUAUUUCCAAUAUCAAUUUUUAUAGUUAGAUUUUUUAAACAUACAAAUAACUAUCUCAAGAUUCAUCGAACUAUACAGCUUCUUGGUGGAAUAAGUAUAGGAAGUUUUGGUGCUUCAGUAUUAGCAAUGUCUAAUUCAAGAACUCCCCAUUCAUUUUUAGGAUUGACACUUUAUUGUAUAGUAUUUAUACAAUUAGCAAUUGGAUUAAUUUCAAUAUGGAGUCAAGCAUCUUUAGUAUCAGUAAAUUUAGGGUAUCCUAGACUUUUUAAAAGAACUCAUAAAUUUUUAGGGAUCUCUUUGUUAAUUGUUUCAUGGAUUAAUAUUUAUCUUGGCAUGGAUACUUAUAGUUUAUCAUAUGGAAUGUAA